AGCCACUUUGAAUCAGCAUUUCUGUACAUUAUAUAUAGUAGCACGGGCUCGUGCCUCCCUCACCACUUUUUCUAGGCAGCUAAACGUAAACCUUAAGCCUAGACGUAAGCCUUAAACCAAACUCACCACUUCUUCUAGGUAGCUAAACGUAAACCUUAAACCAAACUCACCACUUUUUCUAGCUAGAGAACGUCAUCCCCAAAAGAGUUCAAAGCAGCCCUUUGUUUUCCAUCGAUUUGCAACAGUGAUCUGUUUAUUUCAUACUCAUAGUUGUAGGAUCAAGAUCAACAACUGCCUCAUAAUUCAUUUACAUUUUUUCUAGACCCUCGUUCCGACCCUACUUCAACGUCGCCUCAUAAUUCAUUUUUUCUAGACCCUCGUCCCGAUUCUACUUCAACUUCUACUCGUUCCGGAAAAGAAUUCCGACUUUGAUCCACCAAAAAGAUUCCUAAAAGAUGUCGCAGUGGGCACAGUUGUUGAUGGACUACAUGGUCAAUCCCAGUGAGGAGAAUGCGACCUACGCGAACAACAGUAUUAACUACUGCCUCAGUGCAGCAAUCGGCGGCAAGGAUUUCAGCAUGGCACAACAGGUAAAAAGGGACCCUUUUAUUUUCUAUUAUAUUUUUUUUUCGACGUAGUACAACUACGAGUAGUUGUAAUUAGUAAGGCUAAGGACUUUCACUAUUUUAUCACUCGACGUAGUGAAUGGUUCUGGUAUUUGGUAUAACCUGAAUUUGAUCACAAGUAGGAUUCUCUUCUUGUUUUCCUCAUGAUCCAAAUGAGGCUACCAAAUACCAGAACCAUUCACGUAGUCCAACUAGUAGUCGUAAUUAGAUCAAAAUCAGCGAUGACGACGUCGACUCUCACUCUCAACAUGAAUUGUGAAAAGUCGUGUGAAGAUGUCCGAACAUUUUCAACCAUCCAAAAGAACUUAGGUCCCAGCCGGAACGACCUGGUGGGGAGCAUCAUGCCGACCAAGCGACGCAGACGCCGGCGUCGAUACAGAUGUGGCAUGGAGCCAUGUGUAUGGUGAAGAUGGCGAAAAGAUGAUUAUGCAGGAUGAUAUGUCGGAGAAGGGGGUACAACCUUUUCUCCACCUGUUGUGGUUGUUUUUUGUUGAGGACUAUCCUUUCCUUUCCUGAUGUGUAGUUUAUUUUUGCUUGCCUCAAAGACUAAGACAUGAUCAAUUUGAAGACAAAGCAAUUCACCGAUCACUUUGAAGCAAAGUGAAAUUCCCACACCAUCGUUUGACAGAUAUGGAUCUGCGAGUUUCAAACGAUAGUAGAUGCGUUGCUGCACGAUUUAGCGAAGGGACCCUUGCCAAAUGGCGUUUGGAUCGCGGGGAAGAAGUACUUUAGGAUGCAUAUCAAUCAAUCAAUCAAUCAAUGAAUCUGUCCACUUCAGAGACAACUUCUUAGGUGAUGCCAGAAGAAAGAACCUAAGAAGUUGUCUUUGAAGUGGAUCCAAGCACAACUUCUUAGGAGAUACCAGAAGACAACUUCUUGGAUCCAAGGAGAGAUAACCUAGACUGCUUCUUGGAUUUAGAGGAAACACCUUGUCCGGGUCCUCACUCACACUUUCAUUACUUUUACAACCACCACCUGCACACCGACCCCACCCCUCUGUAUGGUUCUGGUAUUUGGUAUAGCCUGAAUUUGAUCAUAAGGGUUCUCUUCUUGUUUUCCCUUACGAUCCAAUCCAGGUUACCAAAUACUAACACCAGCGCCAUUCACUACAGCAAGUACAACCAUAUGCCUCUUACACCAAGUACACCUAAGAAGUUGUCUUUGAAGUGGAUCCAAUUACAACAUCACUUUCCCCCCAGGCACACCGUAACCAAGAAAGGAUUUGAGACGGGACAGAAUAACGAGUACAACUUUAUCUGGAUGAAUGCCGCAACGAAGGGUGAGAAAGGACACAUGGUAGUCGCCACCGAUGGAGACCUCAAGGGACGCGCUUGCAUCGUCACCGCAGAAUACGAUAAGGGUGCAGGGUGCCCGCAGAGUAUUGACUGAUACUUCAUUGCUUGGUUUAACAAUUACAAUAGUUCUAGUAGAAAUAGUGCAACAACAUCGACCCUUAAAAACCUUAACCUUUUUGUUUUUUCUAGUACCACGAGGGCAACUUUUUCUCAGUUGUAUGAUUUUUUUUGAGUUGAGUUUCUGGUACUAGGGAACAAAUUUCUUUUGCAUCAACAAGGUAUGGCCAUGGGCGUCGCCUUGGAGUUCGCCAAGUGGUUGAAGGAGAGUGGCACCGAUCAGAGCGACUCCAUUGCCGCUUAAAUCGACGCGUCUUAGAAAGAUAGACGCGUCUUAGAAAAAUAAGUGGAGGUAUGGGUGACCACGUCAUGCAGAAGGGCUACAACAACACAACAACUUAUGGAAAGUAUUGAAAAUGUAAAUGGCUGAGUGCUAGCAAACGCAGAUAUUACAUCUCCGCUCAGUUUCUUACCUGUGAUCUCACUUUUGGCGUGAGGAAGGUGAAGAUAAUCAUAAUCCAUGAGCAUGAUCCAUGCGAUUUUUUCUUCUGAGAAUUCUACAACUACAGCCAUAUUGCAUACUUCCACUUCUAAUCUUGUGAAAAAAUGGAGCACAAGUGGAGGCAGCAGACUGCUGCACAAAGCGCGGCGUGGAGGGGGGCUAGAAGCGUGGCGUGAAUUUAUGUUGUCGAAGUUAUCUUAACUAUUUUCAGAAGCAAGCGAGUACAUCUUAUACAUUUACCAAAACCAAACCAAAGCAAGCUACUAUGACGUAUCACGACAAAGAGAGAAUUACCAUUUUCAAAAAGCAGCUGGCGCUACAGGUCGUCUCUCACGAUCUUGGUCUACAGGUCGUAUGUCACCACGAGGACUUAAGAAUUUUUUACCAUUUGUGAAGCACAUAUCUGUCUCUCUGUCUACUUAGUCGAAGAACUUAUUUAUUUACGACAGAGAUGACAUUGACAUCAUGAGCAGAGGACAUUUGAUUUAUUCCAUACAUCUACGUCGAAUAGAAGACGCACGAGGACAUACUUUUUGAUAGAAUUGUGUUGAUUUUCAGCAGGUACAUACCACGACUGACUGACGAUCACCGACGACGCAACAAGGAGAGCAUCUCAAAUCUUCACGACUCGUCACAAGUGACUCUCUAUUUCUACAAGUGGAAGUGCCUACUUUUCUGUUCGAAAGAAAUAGAGCAGGUCAACGCAAAGGUCGUCUUCUUCACUCUGUACUAGAACUAGGAGUUCUAAAGCUAACAAUUGCUUUUUCCUAGUAGAUUCGACUUCAUAAUUGUUUUCUUUGCGCGAUGAGAACAAAAGCUGCAAGUCGGAAAUUGUACAACAAGAACACUAUGACUAAUAUUUCAUGAUCAUUUCGAUUAUUAGAAGAGGCUCAACACAACAGGACAGCCAACGACUCUCCCACUGGCGUUAUCGAGAAGACCAAUAGUUGUUGUUCUCAAUUCCAAAAAACGCAGAUCGCAUUAACUCUGGAAUGUAUUCAUUCCAUUCUCGG